AUGCACUUCAACACGAUACUCGCCGCCCUGGCUCUGCCCCUUCUGGCAGUCAGCGCGCAGUCGUCGGACUCGAGCCAGACCACGACCAUGACCUCGACCGCUACCAUGACCCGCACCAUCAGGAUGGAGCGCGUCGUCGCAACCACCACCGUCGGCGGGUACGGCAACUCGACCGCCCUCCUGCCGACGGGCACCGGCAGCGGCACCGGCGUCACCCGCCUGCCGUCCACCACCGCCGGCACCACCGCCUCCCAGUCGCCCAUCACGCCCGCCGUCCCCACGGGCAACAGCAGCUCGGGCGCCGCGUCGCUGGGCGCUGCCAACCUGGCCGCCCUCGGCGUCGCCGGCAUCGUCGCCGCUGCGCUGCUGUAA